AUGGCUUAUCACUAUUUUGGUGAUGUUGUUACAUUCGAUACAACCUACAGGACAAACAAGUAUGAUAUGCCUUUUGCACCAUUCACUGGAGUAAACCACCAUUGGCAGUCAAUACAGUUUGGAUGUGCACAUUUACAAGAUGAGACAAAAGUUACCUUUUUAUGGUUGUUUGAGACAUGGCUUGAAGCAAUAGGAGGACGUCAUCCGAUUACAAUUAUUACUGAACAAGACUUGGCAAUGAAAGGAGCAAUUGCCAAGGUUUUUCCAAACACUCAUCAUCGAUUAUGCCUAUGGCAUAUCAAGAAGAAGUUUGCUGAAAAGUUAUCACAUGUGUACUUUAAGAAGGCCAAGUUCAAGAUUGAGAUGAAAAAAUGUACUCGGAAGACAUAUAAGAUCGAUGAUUUUGAAGUAAAGUGGAUGGCCUUGAUGAAAGAAGAUGGGUUGGAGAAUGAUGAGUGGGAUUUUGAAGUAAAGUGGAUGGCCUUGAUGAAAGAAGAUAGGUUGGAGAAUGAUGAGUGGCUAAAAAGUUUAUAUGAGAUGCGUUCUUCUUGGGUUCUUGUUUAUAAUCGUAGAAUAUUUUUUGCAGAAAUGAAUACUACUAGACGUAGUGAGGGUAUUAAUUCCUUUUUUGAUGGAUUUGUCACACCAACAACAAAUCUUAGAGAGUUUGUCGUCAAAUAUGAACAAGCACUGAAGAAGAUUAUGGAAAGAGAAAGUGACAAAGAUUUUGAAUCAGAACACAAGUAUUGCAUUGUCAAUGAAGGAGAAUUUCUUUUGCAACAUGCCGCAAGUUUGUAUACUAGAAAUGUAUUCAAUAAAUUCAAGGAUGAAUGGAGUAAAGUCAAUCGGUACAAAGUUGAAGAAAUGCCACGUGACAAUGAAUAUCAUGCAUACGUAGUGAAAUCAAAACUCGGAGAACACUUGUUGAAAGUAUUUGUCCGCUUGGAUGUUGAUACAAUACCUGAACUUUUUAUUUUGCCACGAUGGAAGCAAGAAGCAAACAAAUUUAGGAUAAUAGAUUUUAAAAGUUUGGUGACAGAUGAUGAUAAAGAAGAAUCAGAAGCUUUGAGACUUAGCCAUAUGUGUCAUCAAGCAACUAAGUUGGCUUGUACUGUAGCUUCUUCAAAUGAGGCAUACACAAUUUUCAUGGAAGCUAUAGAUGAACUAUCCAAAAAGCUGUCAGAAUAUUCUUGUGAAGAUGCAACCAUUGCUUCUUCAACAAAAGAUGACACAUGUACUAAUAUUGAUUCUUCUGUACCAGUACUGUUGAACCCAUAUAUCUCACAAACUAAGGGUAGAAAGAAGGAUAAUAUUAGUAGUUCGAAAAGAAGGUUGGCGGAAAAUUCUUGA